AUGCACGCUGCAACGCCGUGGGGCGGCGCGCCCGUGUCUCGUCUGUGGUCGGCCAAAGGCGACGAGCGCUGUGCGCCCCCGCACUCAGACGACUACAAGGAGUGGUCGCUCAUGCAGCUCAAGCGCGAGAUCACGCAGCGGCAACUCAAGACGAACCCGCGCCGCCGCAAUAAAGACGCGUUUGUGCGGAUCUUACUUCACCACGACGAAGAGCAGCAGCCUCCGAAUCAGAUGACGACUCCGAAUCAGACGACGACUCAGACUUGUCAUCAUCUCGGACCACAUGGAGCCUCGACGCGGCACGAGAUUGGCCAGGACCCUGUCGUCUUUGUUGCUUGUUCGACUGCAGAAGGACCGGCAGGGCACGUGUCGACGACUGGAGACCAGCAGCUGCACGAUGUCGUCUACGUCCAGCAGCAGCAAGAGGUCUAUGGCGAUCCUGUGAACCGUGAAGGGCCAAUGGCUCCACUACCACCGCCGACGUCAACGACGCAGGUUUUCGCGGCUGUUGAAGGGAUGCAAGCCGUUCCUUUGGUGCCUGCUCCGGCGGCUGCGGUUUGCGUUCCAACGGUCUCGCUCUUGCAGUCUCAGAACUCAGCAUCCGGUGCUUUGGGUGUUGUUGCAGCUGCUGAAGAUGAUGUGGACGCGGGCAGCCGCUCUCGGAAUACAAAGAGACGAAGGAUUGAGGUGACGGCAGGACGGGAGAGUGAACAGGCACCAAUGGUGGCACAAGCAGCGGCGGGACCUGGAGAUAGUAUUACUGCUACUUCUACUACUAAUUCACAACAGAGUGAAUCCAAGAUGUCGAACGAGUACUUCCGACGAAAGUUGAGUCUUCAGGCGGCCCGACUUGAGCAGGAAAGCCGACGUUUGGAGCUGGAAACGAAACGUGAAGAACGACAGAGUGAGCUGCACACGGUGCACCUUGCGCUAGCACAGGAGCAACUGCAACAGGCUAAGCUGACGACCCAGAAGAUGAAGACCGAGUGGAUCGUCGAGCAGAUGGUGCAGAAGAAGAAGUUAAGUGAUGCUGGAAUCUCGCGAGAAGACUCGGCAGCAUCUCUUGGACCGUAUUUGUCAUGA